AUGAUCGAUACCGCGGUCCAAGGAAACAUCAAGACGCUGUCCGAAAUUCCUACAUCUACAAUCAAGGACGGAAUAUCGAAACGGUUCAAGCAAGAAAUGAGUUGGAAAACGAUUCGAAGAGAUUACGGUGGUUACACACAAGCCAUAAAUAACCAUGGGGCCGAUGUCCACACCAUGGCGUCACAGCUACGAGAAUCCCCAGUCAUUACGAGAUCACUCAUCCUGCUAGACCGAUAUUCUGCCGCCGGACGAAAGUUGCGUGCUGGUAUUAAAGGGCAUCCAAAGGAAUAUGCCUUUAUUACCGAACGGGGAAAAGCUUUCCGCAAAGCCCGAGAUCAUUUCCCCCUAUUCUUCCCAGACCAUGAUCUCGUAGGCCGUAAUCAUGGAGCGCCCGUCGAUGACCAGCAGUUACGACUUGUUACGAUGGCUUUUGAGGAGGCAUGUCGAUGGGUCGCGCGGCCCGGCCGCACCUGA